AUGUUAUCAAAAGCUGUUUUUAGGAACUUCCUAACUACGAGUCGGCCCUUGUGAGCUAGGCUCACUCGGGCGAUGGCCCAUGUUAGGGCCAUCAGGUGCCAGAGCCUCUUCACAGGCUAUGUAAGCAGUGGGAUCCCAACUAGAGCAUUCUCAACCCAAUAUUCCUUUGACAACACGAUAAACGAGGAAGCCGAAGCUGAAGAGAUGAAGAAAUAUGAAGCAGAGAUGACUCCAUUCAUUAGCUCAAUAGAGGAAUUCAUUACCAAAGACUUAGAACUUACCUCUGAAGCUCUAGAAGCCAGACUAAGAGCCUUCCAGUCUGUAGAAGAGUCUAUAGAGGAAGAUCUUUAUGAACUUCUGAUUUAUGUGACAUAUUACUCGCUUGAAAACCAUGUAGCUAGUCUCGCAGGGUUCGACUUCUUCUACUCAAAACUCAGGCACUUUUUAGAGAACCAUACAGCAAAUCCUAAAAUCCUGACAACUCUGUUCUUCUUCAACCAAGAAAUCUUCAAAAAUGCAGGUGAUAAUGAGGCUAUGCUUAGGGAAGAGAGGGAGAUGAACAUCUUAGCGGUCAAUCAAGUAGCUAAGAACUUCAAUCAAGCUACAGUCCUUGAUCUUGGCUAUGCAUUUCAAAUCGCUAUGGAAGGAAGAGAUCAAAUAUUCAAGCACAAGUUUUGUCAAAAAGUCGCCUCUCGCAUUGCCCAAAUAGAUGUUGAUACUUAUCCUAAACAAUCCCUGCGCUGAAUUCUGAACACAGUCUUCAAGCUGGGGCGUUCAGGCUAUGUCGGGCUGGAAUGAUGGGAAAACAUUAUCAAGUUAGUCAACAAGCAUUUACGAGAAGAAAGAGUUCUAUUCACAUUCGAUGAGCUACAAGUGACUUUAUCUAACUUUUUCCACAGAGACCUUCCCAUUGACAGUCUCAUAAACUCUUUAAUAGAAGACUUUAUCCAGCAGUUAGGCACUGAAGAUUUCACUCAUGACCAGUUCUUUGAUUUCGUCAUUAUUUUCUACGGCCUCAGAAUAAACGCUCCUGAAUUAUAUGACGAAAUGAUCAAUGCUUACAUCGAAAAAGGCUAUGAUGAGGACGAAUUUAGCAAAAUAGGUAAUUCAAAAGCAUGAAAGAUCUUCAAAGCCCUCUCAGAGCUCCAUCCAGACAUGAGCUCUCAGAGCUGCCAGCUAUUUCUCAGAUUCUGCUUGAAAUUCAUUCAGGAAAACUACACUGAUUUCACCACGAUGCAGAUUAAGCGAGCAGUGGACUUUUUUAAAGCCAUGCAGAUAUUCCAGGAAGACUCUGAAGCGACAGACAAAGAAGCUGUCCAAGAAAUUAUCAAAAGUGUCACAGAUUGUUAUGAGAAAAAGAAGCUUGAAAAACAUUUCAAAGAUUCAGGAAUCAACCUCCAAAUGACAACUGGAGAGACCAUCCUUAAAGAAGAAGAAGCAGCAGAAGAUCUAGAUGAAAUCUUUGAUGCAGAUGAUUCGGACGAGGAGCAGGAACCACCUUCCGAAAUCACCAAAGCUGAUAUCAAACGCAUGGCUAGCCCAGAGAAUACUUUAAAAAGUGUUGGGUUUGGAGAACUGUAUCAGAAAAAUCUACCAAACGUUUCCCCACCUGAAGUUGAGCUUCAUUCAGAUUUUGAAGAUCCCAAGUUGAAGGAGCUGACACAAAUGAUCGAUGAUAACUACAAAAAGUAUGGUAAUCUGAAUAAAAAGAGAUAG